AUGGUACCACUUCCAUCCAUCAACACAAGAUUGCUUCACUGUCACUCCAUCGCGAAUGCCACCACCCAUGGGCUGGACUCUGGGAAGAGCAACAAUACUCAUCAAGCAAGCAUCAGUGCCAAAAUCAAGGCAGCCCUCAUCAUAGUACUCAACUCUGGUAGCGCGGUUCAUGGUGAAAGCUUUGUGAUUCCUUGUCGAGCGUGCACACCCACGCUGAUUUCGAUCUCUUUCUGCCGAUGGGAGAUAACAGUUUCGGCCGCUCACUAUUCCAACACAACAACAAACUACCUUGACCUUCCAGCCAUGGAUAACAGGAUCGGCAUGCCACUCUCCAAUGACAUGAUAGCAAGUCACUAUACAUUGUUGAGUACCGUGCAUCACGUGCUGAAGAAAGAAACAUAA